CUAUGAUAACUCUAUGUUUAACAGGCAGAGUUAUCAUUAUUGAUGAUGGAUGAAGGAGAUAACAAGAAGCAUUUUAAUCUACAAGAUCUCAUGCAAGAAGAUGGUAAAAAGAAAAAGAAGAAAUUGAAGGCUAAAAAAUCCAAGCCAGAAGAGGAUGACUUUCAGGUAAAUGUAGCUGAUCCACGAUUUUCUGCCAUGUAUGAUUCCCAUUAUUUCAACAUAGACCCUUCUGCACCAGAAUAUCGCAAAACCCAAGGGACAGAGGCACUCGUUACAGAGAAAAUUAAAAGAAGUGGGAAAAGAGAUAAACACAAAAUGACAGUGUCUGACAGGGAGGAGGAACAAGUGAAAAAACCAAAAUUAAUAAAUAAACAAACUACAAAUGAGGAUAAUUUAGCCUCUUUGAUAAAAUCGGUGAAAAGUAAAACAAAACAUUUCCAUAGCAACAAGUCAAAGAGAUAGUAGAUACAAGUUUGGUUAUAUUGUACAUAAAGGACUAAAUGUAUAACCUACUUAACUGGUGUUGUUAUUUUGGAAUAAAAUUUAAAUUGCAGGGAACAUAGGCUCAUCCUUUUAUCUUAAACAAUAGGUGUGAUACUAGAAUGUUAUGGAACUGACAUCAUAUAACCUUUUAUUAUAGGCUAUAAUAAAUGAUAAUAACUGAA